GAGGAAACCUGAGAACCUGGAGAAAGACCACACUGACACGGGGAGAACAUACAGACUCACACAGAAGGACCCCAGCCAGCAAAAUGAGUGAGCUGGAGGAUAUAAGCCGUCACGUUCAUGACAAGAUCUCAUCCAUACAGUGCAUGCUGGAUCUGUCGGCUGUUGAAUUGCCUCAAAGAAAGAAACUUGGACAAGAACUCUUUGCACUUGAGGGACUUCUGGAGGAGUUUGAAAAAUGUGUUGGUCAACAGGAAGAGCAACUAAAGCAUCUGAAGGAACUUGAGGAGUCAUCCCGGAAGGAUUUGGAGGAUCUCCAGCACUUUAAGGACAACAUACCUGCACACAUGCCCAGGAAGAAAGGCCCAGCAAGGUUGAGUCGGAGUAAAAACCCCGAUGCCGUUGUGGCUAUCGGGGUUGAGCCCUGUGGAAGUGAACCUGUAAUGAACCAGACUGAAGCAGCAGAUGUUCAGCCAGUCCAGCAGGAAGCCGUCAAAAAGACCAACAAGAGCUUCGUCAGAGAGAUUAUGGUCAUCACUAUUCCAGAGUUUGAGAGCAUCCCUCAGUACAUGAAAGGACGUGCAUCAUAUCAUCAACUUAAUGCUGCGGUGCAGAGCAUUAACACGGCCGUAUCGGCCAAGUACAAGAUCCUCCAUCAGCCGGUGAAAACUCUCAAAACUCACGCACGCAAGCUGCACAAGCGCUUCAAGGACCAGGAGACAAAAGAUACAAAAGGUCACUUUUUUGUGGUGGAAGAUGACAUUCGUGAAUUUACCCAGAUGAAGGCGGACAAACGGUUUCAAGGGAUUCUGAACAUGCUCCGCCAUUGCCACCGCCUUCGGGAGCUUCGAGGGGGGGGCAUCACCCGCUACAUGCUGUUAUGAAUGAACAAGCCUUAAUCAGAUUACGGAUCACGCUCUCAUUUAGCUUGUUUUUUCUUCCACAACAGACAACAGAGUUACUAAAUGGGCAUAUUUCCUGGUUAAUUGUAGGUAUAUAUGUAUAUAUACACUACAUAUGAGGUUUCUGAUUUGUCAGAUGUUUGGCCUCAUUGACUUAUUAUUAUAUAUACAGUAGGGCUGUCCUCGACCAAAGAGAUUCUUAGUGGAUUAACAUGGUUUAAAUCUUAUGUUUACCAGAGAUGUGCUCAUAAAUUUCUUGGAAAUAAGUCAUUCAGCAUGAAAGAAGCAUCAAAAUCGACUAAUUGGCUAAAUAAUUUAUUCUUAGCCAACUAAGACCAAAACACCAAGUCCGUAAUUUUCGUAUGAUAAAAACGUUACACACAGAAACCUUGCACACUGAAUCCGAUGCAUUUUAUUUUUCUAUUUGUUUUGUGAAAAUCCGCAGUACGAGACAAAACUGAAUUAUUACAUGGGUGCAAUGGAUGGCAAAAGUUCAAAACAGGGCUAAUGUAUGAUUGACAUUAGCAAGACGCUAUCGUCUAAGGCGAGGUCGUAUUUGAAAAAUACAGGCUUGGUGUGCAACGGAGGGGGCAGCUCUCAUAUUCAGCACAUUUUUCAAAGCAGAAAGUGACAUUGUGUCCAUUACACAAUGUGACUAGAAAGAGUGGCUCUGUGUGCUCAUUAAAAUGUACACGUUUUUCAUUUGCCACCUGUAUGUGCACAUGUCCACAUAAUACUGGAAUGUGUAUACAUGUAUGUAUGUUUGUAUGUAGCGGUAUAAAUUAAAUAGAUUUUUCUAUGUUUUGUAUUAUACUGUCACAAGUGUCAACUACAUUUUCUAUUUUUAAGCUAAACUAAAUAAAAAUUAAAGGAAAGAAAA